CCUGGCGCAAGCAUUAGGUCAGGGUAGUCUGUUACGGUAGUCUAACAAUUUAGCUUUGCACAAGUCAUUAAUUGAUGUUGUUUUUUUUAGAUCGUGAGCUUAAAAUAAGUUGAUAUCACUUCCACUAUUUCUAAUGCUGAUUCUGUGACUAUACCACGUGAGUGACUUCUAGACGUGAAGUUAUUAGAAGUCUAGAAUUGGUGAACUUAUGUUAAGGUGUCUUAAAAUUCUCUGCGAAUGAGUGCUGGAUCUAAGUGUUUAAAGUGGCCUAGGAUAAAUUUUUCGUAACUCAGUAAGCUGAAAUCUUGAAAACUUAACAUUGGACAAGAAAAACAAAAUGUAUGCAUGUGUGUUGAUACCUAAAGAAUUAAGUCUAAGCAUAUCACUACACCCCAGCCCAAUGCGAACGAUGGAGAUGUCCGCCACAGUCUGCAGCAACACUCCACUCUCUCCUGGUGCUGGCUUCUACCCCGAUGAAGGGGAAGUAAGAAUGGAUAGAUUCGAUUCAAGGGCAGUACUGCGUGAAGACGAUAUUCGGCGUGGUUUUGGUUGCUAUGAUACAAUCAUUUACAUCAAUGGACAGGAAGUUCGACAUUGCAACUGGGUGAGAUUUGUUCAAAUAACUAAAGACCCAAAUGUGGCUAACGUCAUCAGUUCUAAAGUAAGAGGGCAUCCUUUCUUUCAAGUGAUAAAACCAAUCAAGCCAAACGAAGAGAUUGUGGUGCUCUUUCACGCCAGCCCGGAAAGGCCUUACUACAAUUGGAGAUCAGCUCAAAACCAGUAUCCAUUGUUAUUUCCAGGGAUAACUUCAUAUCCUGCUUCCCUACCCGAAUUACAUAUGUCUAUGCUGUUACGCCAUGACACAAAGGACAACCCCAAUAUUUUAACGUCAACCCCUGUUUCUGUGGUGAUGCCUAAUAAUGAUAAAUUGUAUCCACUGGACAGUGAAAAGUCUUCCAACCUCUCGUCAUCAUCCUCUUCCUUUACCUCGUCCAAUAUGGAGACACCUCACAGUACUUGUAGAUUAGGGCCUCCCCGUUUGGCCAGCUGUUCUUCUCCUAUGUUAACCUCAACAUCGUCAGGGGAGAGCACAAGAUCUACAAGUGAAGAGCGUUUUGCCAGAUUGAAAUAUAUUUCACCCAAAGAAAAAAGUGAAAGUACAUCUGGUAGGUCCAGUGAAACAAAAGAAAAUAUAGCACAAGAAAACGCAUCUGACUACACAGAAGAACAGAGAAGAGAGGAAGAGAUUAGUCCACUGAAAGACAACUUUACAUUUCAGAAACGACUGGAAAACAUUAAAACUGAAGUAAACAGUGCUUCAACACAAGACACGCCAGCCAUGGACACUCCUAAACUUCCUCAAUGUGGCCAACGCAAACCAGCACGUCUAUUAAAAUAUGUAGAUGUAGAAAAGACAGACUCUGUUGUCAGCAGCUCUCUACCCUGCAAGUUACCUGUUUCUGAAUCUAGUUGUGCCCCAGGUGAUGACACUAAACAAGAAGUCAUUGAAACCAAACAAGAUGACUUAGAAAUCAAAGACUCUCUGAGAAAUGAAUGUGAUGCAAAUGCUACAAGUCAGACAUUUGGCCAUGGUGACAUCUCAUCCACCAUUUCAUCCAGUGAAGAGACAUCAUCAUUGUAUCAAAAUUUUAGACAAUUUACUUGCCAGCAGAGUUCAGUAUCAUCACCAUCACGUGACACUGAGGCUGUGACUUCACACAGUAUCCAAUCAUUGAAAAGAUGUCGUGAGAGAACUUGGUGGACAUGUGAUGUCUGUGGUAAAAAGUUUGAUCGUCCAUCAUUGUUGAAACGACACACACGAACUCACACUGGUGAAAAACCACAUGCUUGUGAUGUGUGUGGCAAGGCGUUCUCAACUUCUUCUUCCCUGAAUACACACAGACGUAUACACUCAGGAGAGAAACCACAUCAGUGCAAGAUAUGUGGCAAGAGAUUUACUGCUAGUUCCAACUUGUAUUACCACAGAAUGACACACAAUAAGCAAAAACCUCACAAAUGUGAUCUCUGCUCCAAGUCAUUCCCAACUCCAGGUGACCUGAGGUCACAUAUGUACAUUCACAAUGGGUCUUGGCCCUACAGGUGUGAAGUCUGCAAUAGAGGAUUCAGUAAACAGACAAAUCUUAAAAAUCACAUGUUGUUACACUCUGGGGAUAAACCACAUGACUGUAUAAAGUGCGGAAAAAGAUUUGCACUGUUAUGUAAUCUAAAGACACAUCUUAAGACACAUGAAGGUUCAGAUCCCAGUGACUCUAGUAGCUGUGAGAAGUGUGGGACAGUUUUAGAGAAAGUAGAUGAUGCAUGUCAGAAAUGUAGUCAAUCCAAACAAUGUUUAAGCCUUAAACAAGUCAAGCAUCCUACAGACUUUAGUAUAUCUAAAUUGACCUCUACUGAGCCAACAAAGAGAAGCACAUUAUCUGACAUGAGAAUGUCAAUAUUUGGCUCAAUGGCUAAUUCUGUCCUUAAGCUGCAACCAAAUAUGUCUCCAUCAUUAGUGACAUACCCACAUUCAUACAUGUAUAGGCCUAUGUUUCCAUCUGAUCAGCACCUACAUCCGUCUUGGUAUGUUCCAACUAGUCAACUGGUUCAUCCAUCACAACUAAGAACUCCCAGUACUUUUCAUCUCAGCACUCACAGUUCAUCAACUCUAGGCAAUGAAUGUGGUUCAAGUGUUCAGCCAACAGUACCCAAUGUUUCCAACCCAGUUCUAUUGCCAGCAGUACCAUCUAAUCUAAUACCUGAUAGAAACAAUAGACUUCAUUCAAAUACAUACCUUGGAUUUCCUAUCUCCAAUACAUUGUCAAGUCAUAUAAUUGCUCAAGGUUUCUAAAAAAAAAAUUUGAGUUUUGUAUAUAUGCUAUAAUAAUGAUUAAUAAGAAUAAUUGACUUUUUUGUGAGGGAAAUUAAAUUCUUGCUAGAAAAAUACUAAAUUGCUGUUUGGUAAAGAAAGGAAAUUAAUUUUACGCAAUUUAACAUGCGUAUUUAGACUUUUUAUAUAGACUGCAGCCAUUUUAGGGAAAUAAGAAAAGUUAAUACAAAUUAGUAUCAAAACCACUUCAUAGUGAAUUAGGAGGAACCUUUGUUAAAAAAGUUAUGCAAAUCCGUUCAACUGUUCUAGAGAUUUUGUUAUAGAUUAUAAAUUAUUACCAUUCUUUGAAUAAUAAAUAAUUAUGUAUUAAUAUCAAAUUCUUUAGAACGUUUGUAGCAAUUACUUUUUUCUUUUAUUUA